CGUGACGCAAGCAAAUACAGGAAGUACCCGGGCAGCAGUCAGGCGACGCAAACAACAGCCAUUCGCGAUACGAGUUUUACCCAACAGCAAUGGUCAUGCACCGCGUAGAAAACAAGUGACACUGAAGUUAGGAACUGUGUGAAAAGAUGGAGAUGAAAGGAGCGCUCGCCGUCGCGCUGCUGUCCGUCAUCUCCCUGAUAUCACAGGUAAAUUGCCAAGAGGCUGUUUUGCACAUUUCAAAUGGAAGCUUAGUCAGGGAAUACUGUAUCGUCCACAAUCACUCCUGGACGCCUCUUCCAGAAACGCUCGACACUGCUACGGCGUUCCCGUUAGCCAACUGGACCUCCACCGUGCUGUGCAACGCCUCAGGAGUCCUUCCAGAUGUGGUUAAGGGCAAAGCGAUGGCGGUGAUGAGGGGGGACUGUGACUUCAGCCAGAAGGCUCUUGUUGCCCAGAGCCUCGGUGCUACGGCGCUGCUCAUUGUCAGCAACACAACACUGAUCACUCCUUCAGCCAAUGAGUCGGAGUAUGCAAAGGUCCACAUUCCUCUGGCUCUCAUGAGGUAUAGGGACUUCCUGACGGCAAAGCAGGUCUUUGGCGAAGGAAUGCAAGCCAAGCUGUUCGCGCCGCCAUAUUCCAAGAUUGAUCCGAACAUUGCUGUCAUGCUGCUGAUUUCUAUCGUAACAGUGGCUCUGGGUGGCUACUGGAGCGGAGCCUGUGAACGGGAGCGCUUUAACAGUUACUCUGCAGGGGGAGGAGGAGGAGGAGGAGGAGGAGGAGAAGACAGCAAGGGGGACAGCAACAGAGUCUUCCUGUACUCCCCCCUCAACGUGGUCAUCUUCGUCAUCUUGAUGUGCGGGAUGCUGGUGCUCAUGUACUUCUUCUAUAACGUUGUCGUUUACAUCAUGAUCGCCAUCUUCUGCUUGGCUUCUGCCUCUGCGCUGUUCAGUUGCCUGGACGCGGUGCUGGACAAAAUCGGCUGCGGCACUUUAAGCUUUUCUGUGCAAAACAAGAGCUUCUCAGUGAGGUCCAUCCUGCUGGCUGCCCUGUGCAUUAGCGUCGCUGUGGUCUGGGGAGUGUACAGAAAUGAAGACAGAUGGAUCUGGAUCCUCCAGAACCUGCUUGGCUUUGCUUUUUGCCUCAACUUUAUGAAGACCAUCACACUCUCCAACUUCAAGAUCUGUGUGAUUCUGCUGAGCCUCCUCCUGCUGUAUGAUGUCUUCUUUGUGUUCAUAACUCCUUUCUUCACAAAGAAUGGCGUCAGCAUCAUGGUGCAGGUCGCUCUCGGCCCCGACGCCACCGGGGAGAAGACACAAGGUAACAUGGUGGAGAUCCCUGCUGAACCCCAGGCUCCUUCUGAGAAAAUACCCGUGGUGAUGCGCCUCCCGCGCUUCUCCGCCUGGGCUCAGAACCUGUGUGGGAUGCAGUUCUCCAUCCUCGGUUACGGAGAUAUCAUCGUCCCAGGUCUCCUGGUGGCCUAUUGCAGCAGGUUUGAUGUUUGGAUCAACAGCAGAAGGAAGGUGUACUUCAUCAGCUGCUGCUUUGCCUAUCUCCUGGGGAUGGUGCUGACGUUCGCGGUGAUGCUGCUGUCGGGGAUGGGCCAGCCGGCUCUGCUCUACUUGGUGCCUUUCACCUUGAUAACCUCAGCCGUGGUAGCGGGCUGCAGGGGAGAGAUGAGGCAGUUCUGGACAGGGACCACGUACGAGGUUUUGGAUUCACCCAGGGAACCUUUGCUGCCAGGGUCAGGGUCCUGCUAAGAAGCAAAUAUGCUUCCAUACCAGCAGUAAAUUCAAACAGCCAGAGGGAAGAACUGACCGUGCCGUAGGGGAAAGUUGCUGAGCCCCAAGUGCUGCAUCUUUUUUCUUCUUUUUUUUUUCUUUUUUAUGAAGUUUUCUUUAUUUGACAUUUUCAUAGCAAGGGUAGGCAGUAUGUUUAAUCUGACUCUUCUGAAUCCCUUUAACUGACGUGAUCGGGAGCUUGGGAAGCGCUGGAUCGAGGCAAAGAAGACAUUUAAGUGAUUAGAAUAUUUUAUAGUAGUUAAGAGGUCUGUUGUGUUCACUAGCAGUAAACCGUAAUGAAUUUGCCUCGGUGAUGAUCAAACAAACAGAAAAUUGGAAUGCACUUUAUGGUAUUUGGUUAUGGGCAGAAUAAGGGGAGGGGGUUUCAAUAACUACCUGCAGUGUAACAUAAGUUUGAUAACUGGGGGUUCUGUAUAAUCUUUUUGUAAGAUAUGACUUCUUUGUUUGCCUUAUAUUAAAGAACCUACUUAAUAUUGA